CCGUAACUCUUCUUAAUUUCAUAAACUUUCAUUCAGUAAACAUGAACUUCUUCUUUGUUUGGACGGUCUUCGUAGUGCUGGUGGCCGGGACUCAGGUGGAGAGCUCCGGGGUACCGGGGCUGAAGGUGUUCCCGGAGGUUGACUCCUCGUGUGCAGCAGCGGUGAGAGCCGCUAUCGAAGAAUACCGUGUUCUUUACGAGGGACAACUUAAAGAACCACCGAAGAUGACUGAUCCAAUGAUGACCAGCUCAGGAAUAGCCUUUAACGACACCAUUAAGACGAUAGAAAGGAAAGUCUUUAAUAAUACCGAUGAAACGGGGCAAGAAACCGGAAAAAAGACAGUUGUUGAGAAGACGACAGAAAUUGACGUAAAACCCAACGGAACUGUAUCAAAGACUUCGGAAACCACGAUUGAUGUAGAUGAGGACGGUAAACAACUGGGUGAAAAAUCUGUGACCGAGAGUGAAACAGUGAAAACCGAAUCAAAACGAACAGAGCAAAGAAAAGAGAUUGUGCCCAGCAAUAUAACGAAUGAAGUUGUUGUGAAAGAGAAGGAAGAACUUCUACCUUCACAGGAUAGUACGAAAGUGACAUCUGUGGAGGAGAUGAAUGUUACAGAGAAGGAUGAUGGACUUCAUGAGGCAGAACGAACAGAGCAAAGAAAGGAGAUUCUGCCCAGCAAUAUAACGAAUGAUGUUGUUGUGAAAGAGAAAGAAGAUCUUCUACCUUCACAGGAAAGCACGAAAGUGACAUCUGUGGAGGAGAGGAAUGUUACAGAGAAGGAUGAUGGACUUCAGAAGGCAGAACGAACAGAGCAAAGAAAUGAGAUUCUGCCCAGCAAUAUAAGGAAUGAAAUUGUUGUGAAAGAGAAAGAAGAACUUCUACCUUCACAGGAAAGCACGAAAGUGACAUCUGUGGAGAAGAAGAAUAUUACAGAGAAGAGUGAUGGAAAAGAUGUCGAGAAAGAAACUGUAAUUAAAAAAGAAGUCGAAAAGAAUGUGUGUAAUAGCGACAUCAAAGAGGCUCGUAACGAAAAACAUCUUAAUGAAACAAUUGAUGACUUGAAACACCAAGUUGAUGACGUGAAAAACAAGAUGAAGGAAGAAAAAGCAAAGGCUGAAGAAACAAAUACUACGCCUAUCACUCAGGACGGUAAAGUCGUUGAAAAGACAGUCCCUGCUGUGACGCCGGCGAAGGUUGUUAGAAAGGAUGUGCCCUCGGUGGGAGAAGGAAAAGACUCCGUUGUGACUCGAGCUGUUAAACCCGUUACCCUUUCGGUGGUAGCAGAAAAGGUCCCCGUUGUGACAAAUCAGACCGUUGCUGAAAAGAUUCCCUCUACGGUGACGGAAGGAAAAGUCCACGUUGUUAAAGAAGAGAAAGUUUUUGAAAAGGUUGUGCCCUCGGUGACGGAAGAAAAACUCCCCGUUGUGACAAAGGAGAAGGUUGUUGAGCAGGCUGCCCCUUCGGUGACACAGGAGAUCGUAAGUGUCUCUAAGGAGCAAGCAGAACUUCCUCUCGCGGCAGAGGAGAAGAAGGUUAUUGAAAUGAUUAUCCCCUCGGUGACAGAAGGAAAAGUUCCGGUAUUCCUUCAACAGGAGGUUGUUGAAAAAGUUGCCCCUUCGACGACAGAAGAAAAAGUUCCUGUUGUGACACAAGAAAGGGUUAUUGAGCAGAAUGCCCCACAAGAAAGGGUUAUUGAACAGUCUGUCCCACAAGAAAGGGUUAUUGAACAGAAUGUCCCACAAGAAAGGGUUAUUGAACAGAAUGCCCCACAAGAAAGGGUUAUUGAACAGAAUGUCCCACAAGAAAGGGUUAUUGAACAGAAUGUCCCACAAGAAAGGGUUAUUGAACAGAAUGCCCCACAAGAAAGGGUUAUUGAACAGAAUGUCCCACAAGAAAGGGUUAUUGAACAGAAUGCCCCACAAGAAAGGGUUAUUGAACAGAAUGCCCCACAAGAAAGGGUUAUUGAAAGGGUUGCCCCACAAGAAAGGGAUUUUGAACAGAAUGCCCCACAAGAAAGGGUUACUGAACAGAAUGUUCCACAAGAAAGGGUUAUUGAAAGGGUUGCCCCACAAGAAAGGGCUAUUGAACAGGCUGCCCCUACGGCGACAGAAGGAAAAGUUCCUGUUGUGAUAAAAAAGAAGGGUACUGAACAGGCUGCCCCUUCGGUUACAGAAGAGAUUGUCACUGUUUCUAAAGAGAAAGAAGAAGUCCCUGUUGUAACAGAGGAAAAGGUUCCCGCUGUGAGAAAUGAGACAGUUAUUGAAAAGAUUACUCCUUCCGUAACAGAAGAAAAAGUUGUCAAUCAACGGAAGGUUGUUUCUUACGAAGAUGCUACAGAAAAUCAGGAAAAUCAAGUUACUGGAGAUGAAGAAACGGACAAAACUGAAUUGAAGUUUAUCAUCACCAUACAAGAGAGAAUAGUCCGUGAACGGACAGUCUCGAUCAUACCCGUGAUGGACAAGGACGCCAACACAAGAAGGAAUGGAAAAGUGGCGAAGAAACAACUGAAAAGAAUAAUGAAGAAGGUGGCCCGCGCCGUACGGGAAGAAUUAAGCAAGGAACACAAGGCAGCGGGGUAGAGACAGUAGCAGGAGAAGCUGUAACCAGUGUGAGGGAACAGGCUGCCACUCUCCACCAAACCGACAGCCACCACCACCAAAAUGUCCCCUCAACACCCAGCUGCUUGCGAUGGGAUCCCUAAGAAAGUGUUCCAUAUUUUCUUGUCUUUUCUUAUCUAUCUAUCUUAC